AUGGUUCAGAAUGCAAGGUGCAUCGGAAUUUUUGUCAUGUUCACUGCAAAGAAACUUCUUUGGGUCCUGAAGGAAGAUGGACAAUCUUGGGAUGGCGCCUAUUUUCGUGAUAUUAUUCUUCAGAAACGUGUGAUUCCAUUUCUUCACAACCCAAUCAAUGUUCUUGAUACAAACGAAGUCAUAUUUCUUCACGAUAAGGCACCCUGCAUGAAAGCUAAUGCAACACAGCAUCUUCUGGAAGAUGAGGGCGUGAAUUUCUGGGGCAAUUCGAUUUGGUCUGGCAACAGUCCUGACAUGAAUCCUGCAGAAAACAUUGGUGCAAUUAUCAAAGAUAAAGUUGAAGAACUGAUGACAAGCGAAGAUCGUCGAGAUAGAUACAAUUAUGAUGUUCUCAACACUAACCUCGAGAAUACACUCAAGGAUCUUGAAGAUGACACAGAUCUUUUUAUUGAUUUGCUGUGUUCCAUGAGGAAAAGAUUUGAUGCUCUCGGAGCUGCCAGGGGAGGUCAUACCAGGUUCUAA